CCCACCCCACCGUUCUAAGCAGCUCUGUCCUCUUUGCCCACAGGCUGCGCAGCCCCUGGGUGCCCUCGUGCCUCGGGCAGUCCCGAGUCCUGCAGGGCCGGCUGGCCAGGUCCUCGCCCUCACUCUGGGACAGCGAGAUGGAGGAGCAGAAGGGCGAGCUGCGCAAGCGGCUGUCCUACACCACGCACAGGCUGGAGAAGCUCGAGAACGAGUUUGACAACACGCGCCACUUCCUGGAGGUCGAGCUGCGCCGCGCGCAGGAGGAGCUGGAGAAGGUCACCGAGAAGCUGCGCAGGAUCCAGAACAACUACAUGGCGCUGCAGAGAAUCAACCAGGAGCUGGAGGACAAGCUGUACCGCAUGGGCCAGCAUUAUGAGGAAGAGAAGCGUGCACUGAGCCACGAGAUUGUCGCCCUCAACAGCCACCUGCUGGAGGCCAAGAUGACCAUCCAGAAGCUGACAGAAGACAACGAGCUCUAUAGGAAGGACUGCAACCUAGCGGCCCAGCUGCUGCUGUGCAGCCAGACCUACGGCAGGGUCUUUAAGGUGUCCGAGCUGCCCUUGGACUUCCAGGAGCGUGUGAGCCUGCACAUGGAGAAGCACGGCUGCAGCCUGCCCUCCUCGCUCUGCCACCCAUCCUACGCCGACACCGUGCCCAUCUGCGUCAUCGCCAAGGUGCUGGAGAAGCCUGAACCCUCCAGCCUGUCCUCCCAGCUGUCGGAUGCCUCAGCCGGUGACCUGGCCUUCUGUGAGGAGAUCGAGAAGCCGGGCCCGCAGCCCCCAUACCAGGGGGACAUCUACUGCAGCGAUCCGGCCCUCUACUGCCCCGAGGAGCCUCAGCGCGACAGGCGCCCCAGCGUGGAUGCAUCUGUGAGCGAAGUGGGCUUCCUUCAGGCCCAGAAUUCCACCGACAGCACAGCUGAGGAGGAGGAGGCCGAGGCGGCGGCCUACCCAGCAGGCUUCCAGCACGAGGCCUUUGCCGGCUACGAGGCCUCGCUGCCCACGUCCAGCUCCUACUCCAGCUUCAGCGCCGCAUCGGAGGAGAAGGAGCAGGCCCAGGCCAGCACGCUCACCGUGUCCCAGCCGGCCGUCUACAUGAGUAGCCGCCAGGAGUUCUUCCGCCGAAAUCCGCCAGCCGUCUACGAGAGCAGCACUCGCUUCGGCUCCGGCUCGGGUGCAGCCGCUGCCCCGCGGGAGGCCUACGAGAGCAGCACCCGCUUUGGCUCUGGGUCCGGUGCAGCCGCUGCCCCACGGGAGGUCUACGAGAGCAGCACUCGCUUUGGCUCUGGCUCCGGUGCAGCCGCUGCCCCACGGGAGGUCUAUGAGAGCAGCACCCGCUUUGGCUCUGGGUCCGGUGCAGCCGCUGCCCCGCGGGAGGCCUACGAGAGCAGCACCCGCUUUGGCUCUGGCUCUGCUGCAGCCGCUGCCCCGCGGGAGGCCUACCAGAGCAGCACUCGCUUUGGCUCUGGCUCCAGUGCAGCCACUGCAGCAGGCCCGCGGGAGGUCUACGAGAGCAGCACCCGCUUUGGCUCUGGCUCCGGUGCAGCCGCUGCAGCAGGCCCGCGGGAGGCCUACGAGAGCAGCACCCGCUUUGGCUCUGGCUCCGGUGCAGCCGCUGCAGCAGGCCCGCGGGAGGCCUACGAGAGCAGCACCCGCUUUGGCUCUGGCGCUGCUGCAGCCGCUGCCCCGCGGGAGGCCGAGGUGGGGUCUCGGUUUCGCAGGGCCCUGCCAUCCUACCAAGACGACAACGCCUUCGAAUUCCCGACCUCCAUGAACACAGAGGGGAUGCUGGUGACCCCCAAUCUGUGGAGCCUGCGUGCCAAGCCCGUGAACGCCCGGCUCGCCGCUGGAGACAUGCGAGGCCACUGGCGCCCCCCGAGCAUGGAGGACAUUGGCGCCUACUCGUACCCGACCAGAAGCGCCCGCCGCCUGCUUCACUGCAGCUUCUCUGAGCGCUACGGUGUGGGUAGGGGCAACGCAGGUAUGAAGGCUGAGGGCCGUGCCAGUCCCUACUAUGCCAGCUACAAGGCUGACAGCUUCUCUGAGGGUGACGACCUUUCCCAGGGCCACCUGGCAGACGCCUGCUUCCUGCGGGCGUGCGGCGAGCUGAGCCUCAGCCCCAGCCGCUCUGAUGACCCACUGCCCAGCUAUGAGCCUAGCGAGGGGGAUGGGGACAGGCUUGGGGUGCAGCUAUCUGAGGGCGGCAGCAGCCCUGAGCCCGAUCAUGGCUCCAGGGACUCCUUGGAGCCCAGCUCCCUGGAGGCCUCCCUGGAGAUGCACGGUGCCGCCGGCCUCAGCCCCCAGCAGGCCUUCCCGCGGGGUGGUGGCCCAGGGCUGAGCCGCAAGGACAGCCUGACGAAAGCCCAGCUCUACGGAACCCUGCUCAACUGAGCCCCACCCCGUGGCACCCAAGAGCGGCGACCACCCCACUCCCGUGGCGCCCAAGAGGGGCGACCACCCCACCCCCGUGGCACCCAAGAGGGGCGACCACCCCACCCCCGUGGCACCCAAGAGGGGCGACCACCCCAUCCCCGUGGCACCCAAGAGGGGCGACCACCCCACCCCCGUGGCACCCAAGAGAGGCGACCUCACCUCUGCCCAGACCCCUGUGACCCUGGCACCCUGCCCACAAAGAGGACUCGGGUGUCCCCAGCGCCUCCUCUCCCGUAGUCUAGUAGCACCUAAGAGGAGGACCCUCUCCCCACAGUGUCUUGUGCACCCAGCCCCACUCAGUGAAACUUCCCCUUAGAACAGUUUUCACGCUGCAACAUCGUGCUUCACCUGAGACGAGCAUCGCCUUUUGUAACGCAGAACGAGUUUUAAGGAGGAAAAGGGUCUGUCCUAACGCACUAAGCCUCCAGCUCCCUGGACAGCUGCCUUGGCGUUCUCAACACAAAACGCCUUUAUUUUUCGGGUGAGGGUGUAUGGGGCUCGCCCCUAGGAAGGGAAGGGAAGGAGGCAUCCGUGGAGCCCAAGCUGCACAAGUGGGGAGCCGCCCCAGCAAGCCAGCGACGAGGAACCCCCGAAGUUCCGUCCACAAAGGGGAACUGAAAUGAAGUAGAGGACACAAAAUGUUUUAAAAGUGUAUUUUUCACCAUGUGGCCAACACACCAUCCUGAGCUUUUUCGUGGUCCGCAGUCCCGAGUGGGGCCAGUUUGUCGUGCCAGUAUUGCCGGUGCUCCUCCCCCACCCCCCGAGUCCGUCCCGACACCGUCUUUCUCUACUUCAGAUGAAAUGAGGUCCUGACUCUGACCCCCGUUUCCGUUGCCUGCGUCCCCGUUGUCUGUGAUGCAUGCCGUGUCGGUCAGUGCUGUACUUGACGUUCACGAAUAAAAGACACCAGUGGAAAGAG